GUGUGCUGCAGCGGGAGAGAGCAACGAGAGAGAAAGAGAGAGUGUGUGUGUGUAUGAAAGAGAGAGAGAGCGCGAGAGAGAGAGAGAGCGAAAGAGAGAUAGGGGGGUGGGCAUGAAAAAUAAGCCACAUGCAUAAGAAGGGAGCCAGAGGCACAGAGACAGAGAGGGAAAGAGUGUGAGUGUGCAUGUAUGUGUGAAAACACUGCGCAUGUGUGACUGUGAGGCGCACUGACUGGAACAGACGGAGAAGGAGAAAGAGGAGUAAUGAACGGCAGCUGAGACGAGAGGAGAGAUAACAGCAGAGGAGAGGGAAACGAAGGAGAAGAGAGGUUUAACCUGAAGACUAGACGAAAGGAAGGAAGGAAGAGAAGGGGAACCUACACGCAGAGAAACACAGCAAAGAAGCUCAGGUCGCUGCACAAAAUAAGCUGAAUAAUUUGAGAGGCUUGGGAAGAAGGAUGGAGAAAGAGAGACCAGAGGGCGACACUCAGCCACAGCUCGGAGGAGAAGGAGCAAGGGUGGGAGAGUGAAAGACAAAGGUAACAGAGAGGAGAGGAGAAGAGGAGCGAGGGAUGCGGAGCUCGACGAAAAAGCAGCCCGAGACAUGACGCAUCCACCUUGCAACAGCUUCCUCCAUCUUACAUCUCCUCCAUGUUUUCCUUCCUUCGUUGCUGCUUGUUGUUCGUCCUGCUAGAGUCAAAUGGACAGGAGAGAGCAUCCUCCCUCUGGUGAGACAUCCACUGAACAAAGAGACUGAGCGACUCGGUAUUAUCUUCACAGAACAGCAUCAACAACGUCGACAGCAACAACUGGAACAGGAGAGAGAAGGCGAGAAAGGACUGAAACAAGAGAAGUGCGUAGGCAGACAGGUAGCUGGACCAAAGGAACACGUUACGAGUCUGAGACACUGAAAAAGGGGGAGACAAGCACAGAGGCUUCCUUCAGACUGUUAUCACAUCUUCUGCUCAGCUGGGAGGACUGUCUGAAAGUCCGAAAUAAAACCUUCACUCCCACCUCUGAGGAAUUCAGGAGCCUUGGAGCUUGAAGGAGUCAUUCCAGCAGAGCAUUAUAGGACACCUCCCUCUUUCUUAUCAACAAGCCACCUAGAGGGUCACACAGGGUCACCUGAACAAACUGGACCAAGAGCAGAGAGAAAGACUGGAACGUAUUCUUUCUUUCUCACACACUCAAGUUGACGUGUAACACACACCCGCAGCCAAAAACAGGAAGUCAGGCGGGUGUUUAAGCAAGAAACACAUGCAAGGGCUAGUUUGAGAAGGCAAGAGUUUCCUUGGCAGGCCACAGGAUAUAGUUUAAGACAAUACCUCUCGAACUGCCUGAAACCACCCCUCCCCUUCCCCACUCUGUGAAUGCAGAAAUCCACCAACCUGUACUGUAUGUAUAUAUGUGAGCAUCUGUGUGCAUAUGAGAUUAUUUAUUGGUGUUAUCACUGAGUGAGAACAUAUCUUUGUGCUAAAGUACUAACUGUCCUUGUGUGUGAAUAUUCUGCAAAUAGCCAUCAGAGACAGCACAGGAACAUCAGCAUCAUUGAUUAGAAACAACAAAAACUACCUUUAAGUAGUCAACACUGGUCAAACACUGUAAGCUGGACUGUUAAAUCAUCUGUACAUAUCAGCGGUGACAGAAUAAGAGCUUCGGAUUGCGGUGCUCUGGCUGAGCUCCUCUAUCUGUCUUCCCCUCACAAAGACUCAGGCUGACAGUAGCGCCCACCAGAAGGGGGGAUCUCUGAGGGAAACAUGGAGGCAACCAUCCGUCCCCAUGUCCCCUCGAAUGGCUGACUUCAGAGACAGAGCCCACUUUUUUUCCCCUUGCCCAGAACCGUGCAGGGUUGUCCAGCACUGAGCCACAGCCCCUUUCUCUUCCACCUCCAACAAACGUGCGAAUGUCCUGCCUCAGACGUCAGCCCGUCACCAUCCCCAUGGACACCGUCAAGAUCAUCCAGUCGGAGAAGUUCCCCAGGGAGUGCCCUGUGCCCGUCACCCAACCGCGCUAUGCCCCGCCCCCAAGAGUGGCGUGGGACGGCGGAGGCGAAGGCGAAAUCAUCGUCAACCAGGCCUGCAGCGACCUGACCCUGGACAUUGCAGGGUCCCCCCGGCCUAUGGUGUCCCCGGCGGCCCCCGUGACACGCAGGGAGCAGAGCUUCCUGGCGCAGCGCAAAACCAGUGCCAACGAGAUCUGCUACCACCAGUUCCACUACAAGAUGGAAGACGUGAUAGUAAACCAGUAUGUGCUGCGCUCCUCCUCCACCUCCUCCUCCACUUCUUCCUCCUCCUCCUCGGGACCCGUCAUGCCCUGCGAGCCGCUGGACUGCCCCACCUGCGGUCACACCUACAACUUUGCCGGCAAGCGUCCGCGCAUCCUCUCCUGCCUGCACUCGGUGUGUGAGGAGUGCCUGCAGAUCCUCUACGAGUCCUGUCCCAAGUACAAGUUCAUCUCCUGCCCCACGUGCCGGCGUGAGACAGUGCUGUUCACUGACUAUGGCCUGGCUGCUCUGGCCAUCAACACCAGCAUCCUGAGCCGCUUGCCCUCUGACCCCAACGGGCCCGUGCAGUGGGGCGGGGAUGCCGACCGCAGCUGCUACCAGACUGUGCGCCAAUACUGCCAGUCAGCCUGCACCUGCCAGAUCGCCAACCCCUUGUCCUCCUGUGGCAUCAUGUAGACAAGGGGGGACACUGCAGGCAUGAUUCGACGUUGCCCCCCCCUCCCAACACUCUUUUCGUCUAUAAGCUCUACCCUCUCUGCCAAUCUCCCCCCUCUCUCACACACACACACACACACACACAUACAGUAAAUAAAUCCCUCCACAGAUGUUAUCUCUAUAUAUUUAAUAGCACAGAUGGAUACUGUGUGGGACUAAUGGAUGCCGGUGGUUCAAUAAAUAGUAAAUAAAUGUAUUUUAUGUAUGGACUGGAAUCCUAUUCACCCUCUCUCGUUUGGUUGGACGUGUUUGUCAUUGACAUCUCUUUACAUGGGAAUGCCAGGGGAGGUCUAUCCCCCCAACCUAGGUGAAUAAAGAUUAAAUAAAUCUAAAAGUAA